GAAGACUCGGAUCCUGCCUCCCUCCCUAGCCUAAAGCCUCAUAUUUUUCUCUCCAACCAGCUUCCACUAUGGACCCCUUUCCUUUUCUCUUCACCUGAAUUUUCAGUUUUUCACUCUCCAACGCCCCCCAUAACAUGUCCGACAAAUACACAUACCCAGAUCUCCGGCAACUCACCGCCGACAAACCCAUCUUUCCGGCAACCCCACAAACCCUAGACUCCUUCUUCCCUCACCACACCCACCUGACACGUGGUUUCUCUCCGGCACCACCACCGCCGCCACCGCCACUCCCCAAAUUCCCCCCUCUCCAGCUCCUUCUUCCCGAUCCCGCCGUUCUCCCCGAUGGGCUUUUUCAGUUUGGCUGUUCCAAUACCUCCACCGCCGCUGGCGGCGCAACCCCCUCCGCCGCUGUGUCAGCUCCGUUUUACCGGCGGAAUAAGAUGAUGGAUAGCGAAUGGUGUCCGUAUGGAAACGACGUCGUUGGAGGAAGUAAUGGAGCUAAUAGUAGAUGGCCAAGGCAGGAAACUCUCACUCUUCUUGAGAUCAGAUCUCGGCUUGAUUCAAAGUUUAAAGAGAGUAAUCAGAAAGGUCCCCUUUGGGAUCAGGUUUCUAGGAUGAUGGACGUGGAAUACGGGUACAAAAGGAGUGGGAAAAAAUGCAAAGAAAAGUUCGACAAUUUAUACAAAUACUACAAGAAAACAAAGGAGGGCAAAACGGGGAGGCACGACGGGAAGCACUACAGAUUUUUCCGGCAACUCGAAGCCAUAUACGGCGGAUGUAACGACCAAUUAUCCUCCCCCACCGUUGUGGAAUCUAACAUCUAUGGAACCUCUGCCGUCGAAGCCGGAGAAGCAGGCAUUAACAAUAACAACGGCAACGAGAAGGCAUUGGUGGGUGGAACGAGUUUAAGCUUUUCAAUUUCGUCGGAUUUUGAAACGUCGUCGUCAGGGAACUACCAUGACGACGACUUGUCGGCGAUAGCGUUUAUGAUGAAUCAAAGGAGGGUGGAGAAGGCGAGGGAAGACGACAAGUCGAAAGGGGACGGUGGUCGAGGCGGGAGGUGGAGGGAGGAGGUGGAGAAAAUGUUGGAUUCUAAGCUGAGUAGGUUAAUGGAAGUGCAGGAGAAUUGGAUGGAGAAGAUUAUGGCGAGUGUGGAAGAUGGAGAAAAGGAGAGGAUUUUGAAAGAGGAGGAAUGGAGGAAGAAAGAAGUGGCGAAAUUUGAUCAUGAAAUGAAUGAGUUUUGUGCGAGGGAGAGAGCUUGGAUUGAAGCUCGAGAAGCUGCGUUAAUGGAGAUUAUGAAGAGAUUUGGAGGAAAAGGGUAUGAUUAGAACAAUAAUAUAUAUAUCGAUUUGUAGAUGGACGAAUUAUUCUAGUGGUUGGAACGAUCCGUCACGUGAUCAUCAUCAUCCUAGCUCGAAAUUAUGUGUCGAACUUAACCCAUGGUUAUUGUGGAAUGACAUGUCACGUGAUCGUGAUCAUCCUAGAUUGAAUUAUAUUUUGAACUUAGCCCUUGGUUACUGUGGAAUGACGCGACACGCGAUCAUGAUUGUCCUUGAUCGAAAUUAUGUGUCGGAAUUAACCCACGGUUAUUGUGGAAUGACAUGUCACGUGAUCGUGAUCAUCUUAGAUCGAA